AUUGAAUAAGCAGUUCGAAACCAGCCUACCAUUGAUGGAAUUUUCUACUGUAAUUUAUGACUGUAACUUAACGACCCCUAUAAACAUUAUAAUACAGUACUAGAAUCUGACAUGCUUCAGUUGGUACUCUUCAAACUGUGCUGGGAAUGCACCGCAGCUAACGCCCGUUCACCCGUAGUCCAAAAGAGCUCAGACCUGAAUCUGGUUGGAGUUGUGCGGAAUAGCUUUCACCCAGGCUGGGGGCGGGGAAGGCACUUGUUAGUUUCAACCCGGAACUGUGGAGCAGAUCAUUCAAUCGGCUUGGCUGCAGCAGAAACGUAGGCUACUGUACAGUACACAACUUUGGCAAAAACUUUGUUUUCCCCCAAGUUUUGUUGGAGCGCAAAAAAAAAUAAAAAAAUAGCGAUUCAUAAGCAAAUCAAACAGGAGACAAACAGAUAUUGUAACAGGCAUCUGACUGGGAGCUGUCCUGUCUUCCAGGGUGAGCCGGAGCGGGGCUGAGGACACACACUGACACUGCUGCCUCACCAUGCCUCCCCAGAAGGACAUCGUGAAGAUCGCUAUCCAGAUGCCUGGGGCUUACCCCCAGCUCAUCGACCUGGACCAGAAAAAGCCACUGUCAACAGUAAUAAAAGAAGUUUGUGAUGGGUGGAACAUCAAUGCCCCUGAAAAACAUGCCCUGCAGUAUACUGAUGGGAUCCAGACCUACAUCACCGAAUCGAAUCGCUUGGAUAUUAAGAAUGGCAGCAUCCUGCGACUCACCACUGCCCCGGGUCGCUGUGCUGAUCAGCUGUACACAGGGAUCCAGAACCUGAACACUGACGUCAAGUGCGACUCCCUGAAGCAGCUGGCCGGCAUCUCCACGGAUGUGACCUUCGCCCAGGAGUUCAUCAACCGGGACGGGCACGCCCUGCUGGUGGACAUCGUGGAGAGAGGCAGCGAUUCUUCGGAGGUGCUGGCUCAUGCUUUGAAAGCCUUCAUGGAGCUGAUGGACCAUGGGAUCGUCUCCUGGGAGAACCUGUCGGCCGUCUUCAUCAAAAAGAUCGCUGGCUAUGUGAGCCUCAAGGCCGUGGACGCCUCUGUCCAGCAGCUCUCCCUGGCCAUCCUGGAGAGCAUGGUCCUGAGCAGCAGCAGCCUGUUUGAGCAGGUCCAGCAGGAGGUCACGCUGGAGCAGCUCAUCGCACACCUGCAGGUUCAGAACCAGCAGAUUCAGACGAAGGCCAUGGCCCUGCUCAUAGCUCUGCUGCAGACCGCUGGGGAUGGGAAGAAACGGGAAAUGAUUGAAUUUCUAGGAAAGAAAAACCUGCGACAGUACAUCAACAAGAACAUUAUCCACACCUCGGGGGCUGUGGGGGACGAGAUGGUUCAUUACCUGUAUGUGCUGCAGUCUGUGACCCUUAACACCCUGGAGCCCAAGAUGAGGACCCCUUUGGACCCCUACAGUCAGGAGCAGCGGGACCUGCUGCACGGGCUGAGGCAGCUGGCGUUCGAGUUUGACAGUGAGGCCAGCCUGACCACCGAGAAGAGACGCUCGCUGUGCGCCAAGGAGUUCAAGAAACUGGGCUUCUCUAACAACAGUAACCCGGGUCUGGACCUGAACCAAACCCCUCCUGGACUGCUGGCCCUGGAAACCAUGGUUUACUUCUCCUCGCGGUACCCCAACGCAUACAGCAGGUUUGUAUUGGAGAACAGCAGCCGGGAAGAUAAACACGGGUGUCCGUUCGCCCGGGGCAGCAUCCAGCUGACCCUGAUCCUGUGUGAGAUCCUGCGCAUUGGAGACCCCCCCUCAGAGACCGGGCAGGAUUAUUACCCCCUCUUCUUUGCUCAGGAUCGCCUCCUAGAGGAGUUGUUCUGUAUCUGCAUCCAGCUGCUGAACAAGACGUGGAAGGAAAUGAGGGCCACGCAGGAGGACUUUGACAAGGUGAUGCAGGUGGUGCGGGAGCAGAUCACGAGGACGCUGUCCAGUAAGCCCACCUCCCUGGACCUCUUCAAGAACAAGGUGAACGCCCUGAACUACAGCGAGAUCCUGAAGCUGAGGCAGACCGAGCGUCUGCACCAGGAGGAGACCCUUGCCCCGCCCGUCCUGGAGCUUAAGGAGAGGCUGAAACCGGAGCUGCUGGAGCUGAUCCGCCAACAGCGGCUCAACCGACUGUGUCAUGGGACUCUGUUCAGGAAGAUCAGCAGCCGCCGGAGACAAGACAAGCUGUGGUACUGCCGCCUGUCGCCCAAUCACAAGGUGCUGCACUAUGGGGAUGUGGAUGAGGAGAGCGAGACCCCGCCCAUAGAGGCCCUGCAGGAGAAGAUUCCUGUGGCUGACAUUAAAGCCCUGCUGACUGGCAAGGACUGCCCACACAUGAAGGUGUCUCGUUCGAACCUUAUAAAGGAAGUCCUGGACCUGGCUUUCACCAUUACAUAUGAUUUGGAGGAGUACCAGCUGAAUUUUGUUGCAUCAUCAAGGACUGACUUCUGCCUGUGGACGGAUGGCCUGAAUGUCCUCCUGGGGAAGGACAUGACCAGCGAGUGCACGCAGAGUGAGCUGGACAUCCUGCUGUCUAUGGAGAUCAAGCUGCGUCUGCUGGACCUGGAGAACAUCCCCAUCCCCGACGCCCCCCCGCCCGUGCCCAAGCCCCCCAGCAACCUCCACUUCUGCUACGACUUCAGCCAGACCGAGCAGUAGAGGAGGGGGGGAGGAGACUGCACUGAGUAAAUAUUACUAUCCACACCUAGGGAUUCGUCCAUCACUGAGCCUCAUCCCUUCAAACCGCUAGAGCCAAUGGGGACCAUUCAUCUGUACAGAGACUUGGUGCAGGGGGGACAGGACUCUUCUCUGAUUGAUGAUAGGCGGCUAAUGUGUCAAAAUUGUUUGGAGGUGACGGGGUUGAUGAAUGGAGGUGUUGCCGACCCAAGGGGAGAGCUCCCUAUAGAAGAAUGGACACUACUGAUAACUCCAGUGCAGGUACAGCACUCCCUUCAGCACAGUCACAGUGUAGCUGUAACCCAUGACAGCUAUCUCUCUCUCAAAGGUACAGGCUGGUACUGACAGAACCCCUUUCACAGGGGAACGGCCAGCAAUUUACUUCCCUAUGAGUAGCAGGAUGUAUUAUUAUUAAAGUGUUAGGCUUGUAUUUAGCCUAUUGUGCAUAAUCUAAAAAAGAGCACGUAACUCAUAUUAACACAGCGUGUUUACUGUUACAAAAAAGAUUUUUUUUUUUUGAUGAAACAGAUCCAUUUUUAAUUUGUGUGGGAAGAAGAAAUUGCUGUCCUGCUGUUUCACUCGCACUGAGCUACAUGACUUGACUACUAGAGCAAUGGACUGACUCCAUGGCUAAUAUUGUAACCAGGCUGUCUAACAGUUUGCUGCACUGGUUCCUACUGACGUGGCAUAUGUUUCAGCACCCCCCUCUGAGAUUCUGAACUCAAGAUGUACCCCGCUUUGUACACUUUGUAGAUGUGACACAUUAGCCCUAAUGUUACCCCACUAAAGGAAAUCACCUCUGUACUGUCCGGAUUAACAUGCACCGCAAAGAAAAAAAAUACUAAUAGAAGAUUUGCAUUAAUUACUGUAGAAAUUUGAAAACUUUUUUUUUUUUGCACGUUCACUCUGUCAAUCACAAAUCCUGAUCUUGAUUUAGCUAGUUCUAUCUCGUCACAAGUCGUGUCUUUCACAUCCUAAUCCACUGUUUGAUAAACUGACCCGCAGCCUCUAAACCCCGCUGCAGAUCAUUUCAAAACAUUUUACAUUUUAUUGUUAACCGGUACACCAUUUAGUUGCCAAAACGGUACAACAUCACCAGAUUGUCCACUGUGCUUUAUUUUGUUCAAAACAGAAUGACCUCCCGUUUGAACAUGGUACUGACAACUAUUUGAACUGGUCGAACCCACUGCAGCACACUGAAUAAAUUGGCUAUUCAAGUUAUAAUGCAAGUAUUUUUAUUUUUCUAACUACUUUAAAUGAAAACACCACACCACAUCUCUGUUUGUCUGGCCUCUGCUGUCUUGUGUAUGACGGUACAUUCAUCGCCACAGUUAAUAUUCACAGUCUGUAUUAAGAUCACUACCAAAGCUAGGUAAUUUUAAUUUCAUUAAAACCAUUCAGUUGGUUUCCGAUUCUGUCUUUUCAACCAGACAUGGCAUGGGUGACCGUUUCUGCCGUGCCAGGGUGUCAUAAAUGUUUUGCAAGUCAUCUUUUGUCAUAUGUAUUUCAAAAGUGUAUAUAUAUAUAUAUAUAUGUAUAUAUAUAUGUAUAUAUAUAAUUGGCAUUUGACUGCCUUUGUUAUCUUUGGGACUUCCAGUUGGACUUUUGGACUUCCUGCUGGUUCUUUUUUCUCUUUGUAUGUGUUAUCUUGUGUUAUAUUUGCUAACAGUUAUUGUGAAACUUCCUGCAUAGGUUGUGGCAGGUUUGAUCUAUCGUUCACACAGCCUCCCUGAAGCUGGGUAAAGUUCCACAUUCUCCUUCUGAAAGAAUGGAGGUGCGAUACAGUAUAUUAAAGAUGAGGCGCUAGACAACACUGUAAGCUUGUGUAAGGAAACUGUUUUGACUUGGAUGCAUUUGUAUCGUGUGGAACCUGUAUUGUGUGGAAGCUGCAGGAAGGUUAAGUAGCCUUGACGCUGGCUCACGUACACGGCUCUGUAUACUGAACACUGGUGAGGAAGACGCAGUAUACCUGCUGUAACUGAAACCCCCAUGGCAGUUAUUAUUGCAGGCAAAAAAGAACUUCGAAAUUGUAUUUGGAUGAGUAUUUUGUUAACAUGAAAAGAAGAUUGUAAGUAGAGUUGCUCGUUGUAAUCCAGGGAUGGUUUACAGAGAAACAGACGCCUUGUUGUUUUUCCAUCAGAUUUGAGUUGAGCUCAGAUAGAUCAGAUUCAUGUCAGGCUGGCAAAGCUGGAAGUAAGUAACUGCCUCCCGCUGUAGCUCAAUAAACCAUAAACUGCAUGCAACCUGCCAAAAAAAACAUCUCCCACAGCUUAAAUAGAGGCACAGCAUUUAUAAAAACAAAGAGAAAUACAAUAACAUAAGCUUAAACACCAAAAUGAUGUUCGUCAGAAACAUAGCAUGUAACUUAGUUUUAAUUUAAGUUGUUUUAGAAGGUUGAAAGGUAACUCCGAGUGACAAGCCUUCAGUGGCACAGCGGAAAUCACAAAAUCCUGUGAACCACUGAAGCAGGUCUUUCCCAGCAGUGUGUCUGUGUGGUCACCCUUGUACCAGUAAUGAUCUGUUACAGGCAUAUACUGUACCCUUGUCUUCAACUCCAUGCAUUGCCAAGCGCUCGCUUUGCAAAGACAUGCCGUGUCUUCCUGCAGCUUUUAUCAUUGUGCAACACUACUGUAUAACCUUGUGUGUGUGUGAAUAAGGUGACAGCUGGCCUGAUUUAGCAGGGGCUGGGAUACCAUGUAUUGUUGUUGGUUUUGUAUUUAAUUGUUAUGUAUGUAUUAGAAUACACUGAACUUCUGUUGCACACAGAAUGGAUAAAGGAUAUUGUCGUCCUCCUCUUGGGUAAUAGGCAAAGGGAAUCUGGUCCUCUUCCCAUAUGCCUUGUGUACGUGACAGAAUAUUAUUAAGCUACUGUAUUUACGAAUGCAAAUGAAAGAUGAAUGGGGUUUGAAAGACCGAGGUCAGAGUUUGAUGGAAAUGACUGGGGCUAUAAAGAUGUAUUUGAUUCUGCA